CACUGCGCCGCCGUCUCCACCGUUCCGCAUCCCGGAGGGCGUGGAGGGAGAGGGCCGGAGCCUGGCCGCGCUCUCGGUUCUCAGGGCCGCUCUAGGAGGGCGGGACCCUGUUUGGGCAGCGACCCCACUGUGGAUAGGGAGCGGGAGUUUCAGCGGGCCCUUGCUCCGGCUAACGAGGGAAGAGAAUUUGGGCAGCCUUCCGCAAAAGCGUCGUUCCCCAGCCCCAAAGUGGAGGGGCGGGAUGGACGAGCCCCUCACUCCGCGGGCGUCCGCACAGUUCAUCGCGGAAAACAGUCGGGAAGUGUUCAUUGACGGCGAAGGCGUUCGGAAGGUGGCGGACCUGCUGCUCGCCAGAGCCUCGGGGCCGGAGCUGCGCCUGGGGAGCUGGAAGGCCCUUCACGAGCUGAACCCCAGGGCGGCCGAUGAGGCCGCGGUCAACUGGGUGUUCCUGGUAGAUACGCUCAACUUCUCCUUCUGGUCGGAGCGUGACGAGCAUAAAUGCCUAGUGGGGUACAGGGGGACGACUUACAGUGGAUACUGGUCCCUGUGCGCCGCGGUCAACAGGGCCCUUGACGAAGGAAUACCAAUAACUAGUGCUUCAUACUAUGCCACAGUAACCCUGGAUCAGGUUCGGCAUGUACUCCGUUCUGACACAGAUGUUCCAAUGCCUUUGAUUGAAGAGAGGCAUCGGAUUCUCAAUGAAACCGGGAAAAUUCUGCUUGACAAGUUUGAAGGCUCUUUUCUUAAUUGUGUUCGAAAAAGUGAAAAAAGUGCACAGAAGUUAAUGUACCUGGUAGUCGAGAGCUUUCCUUCUUACAGAGAUGUGACUCAGUUUGAGGGGAAAAGAAUUUCUUUUUAUAAACGGGCUCAAAUCCUUGUGGCAGACACGUGGAGUGUGCUAGAGGGAAAAGGAGAUGGCUGCUUUAGGGACAUCUCCAGUAUCACCAUGUUUGCUGACUAUAGAUUACCUCAAGUUCUUGUUUACCUGGGAGCCCUGAAAUACUCUGAGGAACUACUAAAGAAGCUUCUCAAAGGAGAAAUGCUCUCAUAUGGGAAUAGGCAAGAGGUGGAAAUCAGAGGGUGUUCACUUUGGUGUGUUGAGCUCAUCCGGGAUUGUCUUCUGGGGCUUAUUGGAAAAAAGGGUGAAAAAACUAGUGGAGAAAUCAAUUCCAUUCUUCUGGACUUUUACUUAUGGGACUAUGCCCGUGAUCACAGGGAAGACAUGAAAGGAAUUCCAUUUCAUCGUACACGUUGCAUAUAUUACUGACCCAAAGUGUAACUUGACUCAGGGAAAACUCCUUGCAUUUUUAUAUCACAUAAUCAUUUGUACAAUUUUGUGUUGUUAUUAAGAGAAGGUGAUAGAUGUUAUAGCAGCAAGAAAAUUGAUUACAUUGUCUCACUUAAAAGUUUUUAACUGACAUAUCACUCCGUAUCCCCAACUUUACCCUUUGUUUGCUUGUUUAGUUUUGAUUCAAUUUUCCCUUCCUGUGGACACAUGACAAAAAACAGUGAAGGGACUUUAAUGCUUUAUUUCAAUUUCAAAUUUCUUAAAAUUAAUCAUGAAUUAUAAUAUGAUUAAUCUUCAAUGAUAAUAUAUCAUCCAUUCAGUUGGCUGUUUUUUCUCAAGGUGUAGUGAUUUUCUAUAUACCUUAAUCAUGUGAUAUGAGAGAAAGAAAGGGUAGGGUCUUUGCUGUGUGAAUGCUGUUGCUCUUGUAAAAAUCUAUCUUGACAGCUUAUUUUAAACUUUUUACUGGUAAUGAUAGCGGGUUUUGUACAUAAUGAUUUUCAGUUUAGGUUAUCUCUCUGUCUUGAUUUCUUUUUCCAGAGCAACUACAUUGAAAUUGAAUAAAGAUUUUUAGUGGUGGGGACUUGAUCAUAGGGGGGAAUGUAGUAACCACAAUGUUACUCAUGUAAAAUUUCGUAAGAUUGUAUAUCAAUGAUACUUUAAUUUUAAAAAAGGUUCUUAAAACGUGUCAACCUGGAAUUGAUUUUUUCAUUAAAAUAGAAUUUUCCAGAUAUAA